CGACAAGCGAUAGAGUCUAAAUUUUCACUGACAGACAAUGGCUACUCAAGAUGAGCAUAUGGAUACAAAGCAGGAGGAACUGGAAACUGUGGUGAUAGACUCUGACGAGAUAAGGGAUGAGCCAGAGACAGAUUCACACUCGGAGACAGAAACGGAUGAGGAGAGUUUUGAUCUGGACGUAGUACCAGUCCCAGCAGCUCAAGAAGAGGCUGAUUUGGACGAGCUACUGACCCAGCUGGAGGAUUACAUGCCUACUGUGGCUGACGCCCUCACGCAACGGGUGUUAAAUACCGCUGGUUUUGGAACAAUAGACCCACGAAUUGUGCGUAUUAUUUCAGUGACUGCACAGAAAUUUAUUGCUGAUAUCGCCAAUGAUGCACUGCAGCAUUGCAAAACGCGCACAACAAACAUUCAGCACUCCAGUGGUCAUGGUUCUAACAAGGACAAGAAGAACCCCAAGGACAGAAAAUAUACAUUGACAAUGGAUGAUUUGUUGCCAGCAUUGUUGGAUCACGGCAUAACCAUGCGCAAACCUCAAUAUUUUGUUUAAUGUGCUAUUAUUGCUUUAUUACACACCUCAACUUUUUCAACGACUUUAA